AUGGAUCCACUCAUCGAAGAAGAGGAGCAAAGUACAAUGUUCAAUCCAAUAAGUAUUGUUCUGCAGUUUCUGGCGUCGUAUGGCUGGUACCUGGUGGGUGCUACCGCGGCUGUUCUGUACCUGAUGCAGAAGCUGCGACCGUAUUUGGAUCAGUGGCGACAAGCGAAGGAAGAUGCCGAGUAUCACAAAGAUCCCGACACGGCGUUAGCUCGAAUGCAAGCUAUUCAACUGGCUCGCGAGCGUCAACAGAAGCUUCUAGAAGAAGCUUCCGCCAGAGCUCUGCGGGAACAGAGAGAGCGUGAAGAACGGAAGAGAGCAGAGGCAAUGGAGAAGCUUAAGAAGCUGGAAGAGAAUGGAGGACACCGUCUAGGCACCGGAGAUGACUAUCUGCCACUAAGUGGCGGUGCUUCCACCUCGUCGUAUCGGCCACCGAAACGCUCGGCCUGCUCGCGUGGCGGCUGUGGCAGGUAG